GGAAGUAACUGGAGAGACGUGUGCCGGCAUUAUAUCAGCAGAGGGGCGGAGCAAGUGACGGAGCUUUAAUCUUGGAGAGAGAUAUUUAGAGAGGCUGUUUGAAUGAUUUUUCCUGUGAGGAUAAUAGCAGUGGGCACAGGAUACAUUAUCAUCAGUGCUACACCAUUGGUAUCUCUUUUUAGACUUGCAGACAUAACAUUGUUACUUAAGAUGAAGAAGGCGUAGAGAGGUGGAUCUCCACUAUCACUGACUGUGAUCCUACGGAUCUCUACAUUGAACUGUUGUAUAUGGAGAAGGAGCAGUGUGAUUGGCUGUAGGUGAUCACAUGGUACCAGGAAUCCCCAGGACAGGAAAAAGAACUGAACUGCUGCACAGAGGUGAAAGUUACUGCAGUCAGAACUGAAUAGUGGAGAAGGGAUGAUAUUCAUGCAAGUUUGGACAUACUAAUUAUUAAUAUGGCCUCUGAAACAGAAGAAAACAAGCUUGUAAGGAAUGAAAAUGAAUCCUCUGAAUUGUGCUCUGAACCCUUAUUUCAGAGGAAGGAACAUGAAUUGAGAAUUCUCACCUCUGAAGAGGCUGAAAAACUCCAAAAUGAUACAGAUUUUGUUUCAGAGUUCAAACAACUGAAACUUGAAAGAGAGGCACAGAAAAACUGGGACCUGUUUUACAAGAGGAACAGUACUAAUUUCUUCAAGGACCGGCACUGGACAACAAGGGAAUUUGAAGAACUUAAAGCCUGCAGGGAGUUUGAGCAGCAGAGAUUAUUCAUCUUGGAAGCAGGAUGUGGUGUUGGAAACUGUUUAUUUCCACUUCUAGAAGAGGAUCCCAGCCUUUUUGUAUAUGCUUGUGAUUUCUCUCCUCGUGCCGUGGACUUUGUCAAGAAAAACCCAUCUUACUGUGCUGAGACUUGCAAAGCAUUUCAGUGUGAUCUGACUAAAGAUGACCUGACAGACAAUAUCCCUGCAAAUAGCGUGGAUGUUUCUACCUUAAUCUUUGUACUUUCUGCAGUCCAUCCAGAUAGAAUGCAUCUUGUCCUACAGAACAUUUGUAAGGUGCUAAAGCCAGGAGGAUGUGUUUUAUUUAGGGAUUAUGGUCUGUAUGAUCAUGCAAUGUUACGCUUUAAAUCAGGAAGCAAAUUGGGAGAAAACUUCUAUGUCAGACAAGAUGGGACAAGAUCUUACUUCUUUACUAAAGAUUACUUGCGGUGCCUUUUCGAGAAAGCUGGUUUUGAAGAAGUGUCAAAUGAGUAUGUACUUCGGGAGACUGUGAACAAAAAGGAAAGCCUCUGUGUUCCCCGGGUUUUUAUUCAGAGCAAAUUUUGUAAACCUCAAAAAAAAUGUUAACUGAAUACAAGAAUGCUUUUAUUAUGACUUUUUACAAAUAAAAUGUAUUUAUUUUAUAUAACAUA